GACAGCAUUUGCUUGAAUUGACAACAGCAUACUCCUCCAUCCACGGUACGAGCGCGCGGUCCUCAGCCUAGCGCGUUCUUCGAUUUCGAGCACACGGACCUCCUGUUGCCAACCAGCUGUAGCAUAACAACAGUCGUCACCACCACGUCUCUACCGUUCUCUCUUCUUCUUCUUCUAUCACUGAACAUCUAUGAUGACACCUCGACCAUUCUCAGCACCUGCACGUUCUUCUUCACCUGCUCCUCCAAAGUCCUCCAUCGCAACGAUCACUUCUGCCCCCCCGCUCUUCGCAUUUCGAACGGCAUACUUCUCUACCGCAUGUACACCCGAUUAUAUCCAAAGCUGGGUCUUGAACGGGGGUACGUUGGCGGAAAAGCCAACAAAGAAAGUGGAGUAUAUCUUCGCGAUGGAGUCGAGGUUGGAGAUAUCGAGCCUUCCAAAACAUGCAGUUGUCUUUGCUCCGACUUGGCUUACCGCCUCCUUAAAUGCGGGGUUCCUCGUGCCGGUUGCACUUCACGCCAUAAGGCAUUCACGAUUCGAGCAGCAAGGCCAUCCCCACAAAUCACCCUCCUUCACCCGCCCCACUCCCUCCAACAAACGUCCCCUCUCCGAUAUCCUCUCCCUAGAAACCGAAACACCCUCUCAACCCUCCAAACGCCGUAAACGCGAAAGUCUCGAGUCUGCUUUGGGUCAUCUCGGAGAUUGUAUGCGCCUAUUUGGAGAGGAGGGGUCGAGUACGCCUGAUGCAUCAUUCACCAUUCCCACCAUCUCGACGGAUACGAAGAGGAGGACGCCGAUGGGGAGAAGUUCUAGGAAGGGAGUAUAUACAGCGCCAGCCGGGAGCACACAUCGCAAGCCUUUCUUUAUUGGUAGUAGUGCGGUUAAGGAGCUGCCGAAGACGAGGCCGGUGGGCUGCGUGGAGUUGAAGUUGGAGGACGUCUUUGGGGGUGAGAUGGGUGAGGGGAUGGUCGAGGUCGAGCCCAUUGGUGUUGAACGUGAGGAGGGCAGGGUGCUUCUUAGGUUGAAGACGUAG